AUGCUACCUCAAGAACCGCUACAGGCGGGCUCGCCGCCAACGACUCUCACCAGGGCCUACUAUCCCAGUCAUAAUGCGCCCGUCGCGCACCCUACAAUCUUCACAGGAUUUCACCAAGCCUCACACCAUGAUGACGUACGGAUAUCAAAAUACAACAACAAUCUCGGCUCGACGGCCAAGGGCAUCAUGAUAGGCAUAUUCUCCGUGCUGGGCGCGGCGGGUGUAUGUCUUAUCAUCGCUGCCAUUGUUUACUAUUUCCGAUACACCAAUCAAGGACGCAUCUUCCUCGACCGGAUAACGCGGCCUGGUGAAUACGACGAUGAACAGCAGUUUGCCAAGGAGGAGGCCGAGGCGCUAGAGGAUAUGGACGACCUGCAAAGAACAGAGUACAUGAGAGCGAAAGCUUUUGUGCAAGCAAACCCACCCGAAUCCGUCCAAACCGACAUAUCACUCUCGCAGUUCCUGGCUAUACAAGAGAAGGGCGUAUCUGCCUGGGAAUUUGAGCCCGAGCUUGAGAUCGCUAACUGCUUCGUCGAAGGUCGCACUGAAAUAGAGUUCUUCGACUCGGAGUGCAGCGUCCAGAGUAACCUCCCGAUACCGAAACAGAACGAAGUCUACUACUGGGAAGCCAAGGUUUACGAGAAGCCCGAAAACACUAGCAUUGCCAUAGGCGUCACAACGAAGCCCUACCCGUUGUUCAGAUUACCCGGAUACCACAAAGCCUCAAUAUCGUACAUGUCCAACGGAAACCGCCGGUACAACCAGCCCUUCCAGCCCUCCGCUUACGGUCCCGCAUACGUCCAAGGAGAUGUCAUUGGCGUUGGAUACCGACCCCGAACCGGAACCCUCUUCUUCACACGAAACGGCAAAAAGCUCGACGAUGUCGCCCACGGUCUCAAGACGCAGAACUUCUUCCCCACUGUAGGCGCAAACGGGCCUUGUCAAGUGCAUGUCAACUUUGGCCAAAUGGGCUUCGUAUUCAUCGAAGCCAACGUCAAGAAGUGGGGUCUAGCCCCCCAAACCGGUAGCCUAGCUCCCCCACCACCGUACGGCAGCGAACAAGGUUCGAUACUCCUCGACUCUGGCCGCGAAGGCAUAAGAGAGGGCAUGGGCGGAAGUUACAUCCAAGCGGGGUACGGACACGGACGAUCCAGCAGCCAGCAAAUGCGUCUUGGACGGCAAGUUCCGACGAGUCCAGGACCGCAGCGCAGCCCAACCGACAUCUCCUUGGCGGCACUUAGUCUUGUGGAUUCGAACGAAGACACUGGCGGCGAGGGACCCAGCGAUGAUCACACAACAACCAUUCCUGUGAACCAGGGUCAGGGUCUUGGGCUCCUACAACCUGGCGAACUUCCCCCCGAAUACAGUAGCCCCGUCGGGUCACCUAGUCUGCGAAACACAGCCGAUCACCAAGAAGGUUACAACUGGGACGAGCGAGCACCGCUCCUGCAACGGUCUGGCUCAACUAGUCCACAAGUCCCUAGUUACGAUGCGGCCAUGGCUGAUACACCGGAAAUCAGACGACCUACCAUUCGAGUACGCAGUGCGACUGAAGCUGGCGUCCGACCACGACCGAGAGGACUGAGAUGA